AUGAAGUAUCUCGCUACUCAAGAGAGCGAAAUCGGCCGGAGGGCGUUUGCAGAAUUUUGCGCAGACUUUCAUGCCAGUUGGCUUGAUAAUUUGAACAAGUACUGCAAGUACCACGACAGGGAUGAGCCAAACCCGGCACUGGCUGUUAGUCGAUGGCUCAAAGCUGACUCACAUGACAAGGUGGGAAUGCCGUAUCACGGAAACAACAGGACUGCUCAGCAGAAGAACAAUCGCACAAACGAUGCCUACGGAAGGCUAAACCCACCGCAGGGUAUUCAUGGUAAUAGACACGAGAAUGAUUACAUAACUGGACAGUUCUGCAAUCGCAUGCGCGGACGGGAGAAUCAUCGCUUCAGCGAACAGGACACUGACCGUGUGAACACGCAACAUAAUUAUAACGUCAACGACAAUGUCAGCAGGGUCACCCGACCAGACAAUAUUCGAUGGGCCGAACCUCCACAAGACGAGCCUGAUAUCAAGGGAGAAGAAGAACCAAACGCAAAUACGCCCAGUACAGUCACAUUGAUGAUCGGCAUUCAUGUCCUAACCGCACGGUUUGCCCAGAUUUUAAUCAGUUCUGAAAGUAACAUCCAAGAGGACAUGACAAUGACCCUGGAUCAGCAAUUCUGGGCAACCCUUUCAGAAGCGGGUAAAAAACAUUGGCGCCGACAUUCCAACCCCGACUCGGAUGUCCAUCAACGCAACUUGGAAGGUCCAACGACCUCUUGUCUGAGGCGGUGUGUUAACUUUCCCUACUCAGAGAUCCCUGGCCCCAUGUUUGAGGUUACUGUGGACACUCCAAACCGCACGUCCCUCACCAUCUCGCCUCAUCACCAACGCAUGACAUCAACUUUACCACACAUCCCCCAAACCCGAGUCAAGCAGAUCCAGAUGAAACGAACCCCCACGUGA